AGACAGCUUCGCCUCCUCACGCAACCCCCGACACUCCACCUUCCACGACCGAGAAGCAAUGGAGGCCACGCAGGCAAGGGGCCUGUGGAAUGUGCAAGCUGAAGAAAAUUCGAUGUGUUCGAAGGCAAUGGUGAUAACCCAUGUUUGAAUUGCAAGAGUGCCAUUACCAGCAGCCCAGAAAACGUCAACCCGCCAAGAAGUCUAUGGGAUCGGCGUCGUCCAAGAAAUUCCCAGAAUCUCAAUCGCAGCCUGACGACACUAGACAUUCCACAGCCGAUGUCCUGGCUGAGCCGCCAAAUGACACCCAUUGCUGGCCAGUAUCAGCCUCCUCGUCAACGGGAACCUUCAGCUCUCCUCUAGAGAAUCGGUCAGGUAAUAAUCUGCAAGGGCUAGAUUCUCUCUCGGAAACUCAAAACUUUAUACGAACCUGGUCUGAAAAUUCUCCCUGGGGCCUCCCGAGAGAGGUGGGAAAUGCCACCAGCCUAACCUCAGCACCACCGCCUACGGAGAUGAGCAGCGUACCUGAUUCAAAUGUAUCACUUUGGCCGCUUUUCACUACAGACGCUGAGUGGCAAUUGGAUUUUGACGACCAAUUAACCACUCUGCCCACUAGCGCGGUCAAAGGUGCAACACCAAUUGCAGUGAAUGACCUAGAUUUGUCUCAGUCGUAUAAUCAACCGAUACAGGACUCUGAGUCGUCGGGCCUUUCAAGAGGAUUGAUCGAGUAUCUCAAUCUCAUCGAGAAGGUAAGCGCUAAUGCGACAAUCUUGGUCAAACGUAUUAUCAUUUAAUCAUAUUCCUAUGAGUUAGGCUAGCCCCACGAAAAACUUUCCAGAUCCCAUACCCAGCGUCGACUAUUCUCUCAGCGCAGUAUUCUCAGUACAGGAUCGAGAGCUAGGUCAUAUAAGCAGCUCCAAACGGGACGAAAUAGUUCGGAUUUUCAAGAGGCUAUCUACGAUAAAGAUUCCACCGUCGUUCAUGGACCUUGCCAAUGAGCCGUGCCACGAUGGUUUUGCCAGCUGGUACAGGAAUAAUGAA